CCAGGGGCGGACUGACCAUUUGGAAACUCGGGCACUGCCCGAGGGCCCGGGGUCAGUAGGGGGCCCCAUGAGAUGCCCCUGGUACCUUUUUCAUAGGCUUUUUUGAGUUUGGGCAAGGACACAGGGGCCCCAUGAUCUCCUAUUGCCUGGGGGCCCUAUGAGUUCUCAGUCCGCCCCUGCUCUAUACAAACUCCUUACUCAUUGCUGCCUCAUCAGUGCCCAUCAGUGCUGCCUAUCAGUGCCCAUCAGUACUGCCUAUCAGUGC